GCAGCCGGUAUUCCUAGUCUGUGAUCCAAGGCUGCAGGGCGGCAGCCGCAAUGCAGUCCAAGUGGGACAUGCUGAGCAUCCUGGGGGCCCUCACGGCCGCCUGGCUGCUACUGCAGGUGACAUGGGGAGUGGCCCGCACAGUGUACGUGUACCUGCUGCCCCAGGUCCGCCGGGGCAAUGCUUGGCUCCGGGCCCAGGGAGCAUGGGCAGUGGUGACAGGAGCCACCAGCGGCAUUGGCAAGGCAUAUGCACACGAGCUGGCCAGGAGGGGGCUGAACGUGGUCCUCAUCAGUAGGAGCCUCAGCAAGUUGGAGCAAGAGGCGGAGGAGAUCGAGCGGCUUUAUGGCAGGUCCACGCGCAUCAUCCAAGCGGACUUCACCAGGGGCUUGGAGAUUUACAGCGCCAUCGAGGAAGGACUGCGCGGCCUGGAGAUCGGAGUCCUGGUGAACAAUGUGGGCAUGGCGUACGGCGGCAGCGUGGUGUUCGGCCGGAAGCUGCUGGACUGCGAGAACGUGAGCCAGAGCAUAGCAGAUAUUAUCAACUGCAACACGAUGUCGGUGGCGCAGAUGGUGGGAAUAGUCCUGCCCCAGAUGGUCAGCAGGGGCAAAGGUGUUAUCAUCAACAUGUCCUCCGUGGCUAACCAGAGGAGUGUCCCAUUUUGGGCCCUGUACGCAGCCACUAAGGUCUUUGUGCAAUAUUUCUCGGAGGCAGUGUGUUCAGAGUACUUCUUGAAGGGUGUCACCAUCCAGACGGUGAGCCCCAUGUUUGUCUCCACAAAUAUGGUCCACAAUAUGCGGGUCAGGCUGCUCGUGAAGGAUGCCAACGAGUUCGCCCGCGAGGCGCUGGACACGGUGGGCCUCGCCUCCCACGUGAAGGGCUGCUUCCCACACGCGGUGCAGAGCAUGCUGUUGCCUUUCAUCCUGCCCAAGUGGUUUAUCCACAGUCGCUGGGGAAUCCACCUUAUGUCUGUGGCAAACAAGGCUCUUCUUGAAACACAGACGACUUAGUGAAGUUGCCGUGCUGAAGGUCUCACAUCGGAAUAAUACACAAGCUGGGACACCGGACAAUAGGUGAUGGGGACAGCCUUUCUGCUCUCUGGCAGAAAGAUGGAGUUUUAAUCUGUGCUGUGAACAGCUAGACAGCCACGGGGUGACAUUUUGUAUGGUUGGUGACAAAUUGUGGUGGUCACAUAUCUUAGUGAAUAUACUGGAAACCCUUGCAAAGUACACGCUAAAGGGAUGAAUCUUUUUUUAAAAAAGGUGAAUCUUAAAUUAAAAAAUCAAAU